UGGUCCUCCCCCCCUCCCCCAUAUUUCUCAAUUGACGCUUUCAAACGAACCUUUCUCAAGAUAUACCCUGGGGUCAGGGCUCAGGGUGACAUGUCCACUCUCCGCCAACUUCAUUGAAAGCGGUCGGUCGCCGCCGUGCUUCUUCAUUUGCCGGUUGUCCCCAUUCGCGAAGGCGACCACGACGACUUCCAGCUUCACCCCUCACAACCCCUUCGCUAUUUUCUCUCGACCAAUUGACGAAAGAUGAGCAUAUCGUUGCCCUACCGCUCAGCUGACGAUGCGGGUGGCCUUCCAAGGCUUUCGCCCGCCCCAUCCCUUUUGCACCAUCGCACGCCGAGCAGUUCUCGCACAUCUCUCCGCCAGCCGUCCCUUGCCAAUGUUCCUGCCACCGCUGCCUUAUUUCCCAAGCCGCGCAAAUGCAAGUCGCAAUACCCUCGGGACUCGUCCGAGCGACAUGUCGAGUACAUCCUUGUCGCAUCCUUCCACAUUGAUCGCGGACCGAUUAUGGAGCAUCAGUAUCCCACUGCGAUCAGUGGAGACGAGAGCAUGUUGGCAGAGCUCAUGCUGCCCGAUCAGACCCAUGUACGAAGCCAGGACUGGACCAUAUUCUUUUUACAUAAAGAUACAAGCGCCGAUGCCGACGACGAUGCCUCGAUAUCGAGCAAGAAGCAGAAGAAGAAAAAGGGAAAGCGCAGGGCCGGUGAUGGGGCGCAGUCGACUGAGGGCGAUAAUAGGGAGGUGGAGGAUUCCACAGAGGCCGAGGACAGCAGCGACGACGAAGAGGAGGGAGGCGAAGGCCCUCCUUUGAUGUAUGUGCUCAAUCUGGUCAACACAAAACAAGAUAACACAGUCAAGCGUGGUGCGGUCGUGAAGGCAAUGGCAAUCUGUACGCGGCAUUCUUUCCUUCAUAUCUAUAAACCAUUGUUGUUGUUAGCCCUGGAGGACUACUUCAAGAACCCGUACCCCGAAACGCUUGCCACGUUAUACAAUGCUGUUAACAACAUGGACUUGUCGCUGAUGCCGAGACUAUCGCUCUUGGAAAGACAAAUCUUGCAGGCAAGCAAUUGCAAAGACAUGUUCAUCGAGAAAUUCGAACAAAUGAUACACCAACGGUUACUAGAAGAUGGCGCCCCGCCAGAUGACGAGGACGAUCCGCCAUCGCCCAAGCGUCAGGCGCCCCCUCAAUACGCCCUUCCACGCGAUACCCACGAAUUCGAAUCUAAAGUCGUUUACAACGAGAUUCCCAUUCCUGUCAAGGUCCCCACGGUUAUCUGGCCAGAGACUGUGGGCGACUUUUCCCUGAUCAAACUCAUCCAGACCUUUUCCGCUCCACAUAACUCUUCCCCACAAGCCUUUCCCGUUCACCCGCAUCUGACUACCAGCGGGCCUUUUACACAUCCCAUUAUUGUCCUCGUCAACGCGAUGCUCACCCAGAAAAGAGUCAUAUUUCUGGGCCAUAACCGGCCGUCCGGUGAGGUGGCUGAAGCAGUACUGGCCGCGUGUGCUAUUGCGUCGGGCGGUGUAUUGCGAGGCUUCACGCGACACGCCUUCCCUUACACAGAUUUAACGAAAAUUGAUGAUCUACUGAAGGUACCUGGGUUCAUUGCUGGUGUCACGAAUCCCACCUUUGCCAAUCAUCCGGAGUGGUGGGAUGUGCUUUGCGAUCUUCCCACUGGUCGAAUGAAAAUCAGUAGUUUCAUUGAGCCUGCGCCGGUCACCGAAGGGUUGCUCUAUUUCCAGCAGCAGGCUUCAUUACACCAUUAUCCGUCCAGCUCGAAUACCGACCCCAGCGGGGACAACGUCUUCAUGGAAGAGAUUCAGCGGAGUAUCACAAACCGCUAUGGUGAGAACGCGAUCCGCGCCAAAUGGCGAGCAUACAUCAUGAAGUUCACGCAGCUUGCCGCUGCAUUUGAGGAAAUGGUCUACGGCGCGUCGAAUCUUUUCAUCAUCGGGCCCAAUGAAGAACUCUCACCAGAGAGUCCGAGUGGAGUACAGGCCGAUCCGCUGGAUCCGACCACCCUUCGCGGCCACGGCUAUGUCUGGCCCGACGAGGGCGCAAAACAACGGGAGCUGCUGGCCUCCGUAUCGCGUAUCGAAGGAUGGCGCACAACACGAUCUUACUAUUCGUUCAUCCAGGACAUCGCUGCCAUGUAUUAUCCGGCGCGACCUAUUCUCAAGCCCGAUCUCCUCCACCACCACAACCGGCUUCGCGCCUUGCGACUCUCCGCUGCUGAUUCAGGGGCCAUCUAUAUCGCAUUUGCGCACGCGGUCAAGGAUUAUGCGGGCAUCUGCCAGCUUCUGACCAUCACGCCCGAGAACCAAGCGGGACUUUUCUACAUCAGCAUGGGCCUCUUCCACCCGUACCCUCCUGUCCGUGAGGCGACGGUGGAGCUGCUCGAGCGGAUCGCCGCCCAUCCUGCAGGGCGGCAUUUCUGGGCCCAGCUCAACCGAUUUGCGAAAUUGGCGUUCUUCCGCAUCAAACGCGAGCGCGAUGCAGCGGCGCAGAGCUCCUCGUUCGGGCUAGGCACGGGGUCGUUUGGCCCGCAGAGCUUGGUCGCUGUCGCUAUGGGGGAUGCAUAGAUUGCGCCUGGAGCCGUUCUUGCCCUCUGAAACUGCUGGUGCUAUGCCCGUGCGGGCUCCGUCACCACAUUACGACCUUGAUUAACCUCUUGUAUAUGUAGCUAUGUUCGAUUAGCUUAUUCCUUCCCCACCCCAAAUGUCUAUACCUGGGUGCGAACCACCCAUCACAAAUUUUACAAUUUUACGA